GCAGGCUGCGCGCAACAAUCGAACAUCAACCGCGUAUUUGAGAUCGCAGUGAGCGUGAUUUUUUUUGUGAUUUAUUAAAAUGAAGACCAUCACAUUUUGUUUUUUUGUUGUUUUGGUGAUGAGUGUGCAGAAUGUCUUCGCGGGACCGAGAUACAGGGUCAAGCGAGUGUCCGAUGCCCAUUUGGCCGAUCUCCAGUCUCGAAUAGCGCUGAAUAACAAGCUGAAGGGGGUUUCGGUCACUAUGCCUGUAGGUGGAGGUCGGAUUGAUCCAGGCCGAAUAGGCCGCAGGCGUCGCUCGCAAACGAGAUUCCUUGACGUUCUCUUCAACCAAUCAGAGGAAGAUAAGGGUGACCCGGUCGAGUUGAACGACUACGAAAACCUAAUCCAGAGAUUACUAAACUUGGAAUAAUUCUUUUUUGUGAUUUUUGUGACUCGAUGUGUGAAUGGUUGAAAUUGGAAUGAAAUUUCUUAGUGUAGAUAAAACAAGCAGUAUUAAGUUAUACUUACCCAGAUCUUGUUCUAGUCCCUAAAUACAUAGGUAAUUUAUUUUUUUACUCUUAUUUAUUUAAUAACUUAAUUUAAUUAAUGUGUGUAAAUAUGUUUUGCCAUUUUGUAUUGUUUUUGCACAAGUAAAUGAGACUUAUCAUCAA